UGGCGGCCGAGGAGGACGUCGAGAACAUGUGGCGCGUGCUCUACAAGCUGGGCAAGGCGUUCAUCGACACACCUGGACCGCGCCGCGUCGCCGAGACAGUCCGCCUCAAGGUGGAGAAGUUCAAGCAGUUCAUACCUGUCAUGCACUGCAUCUGCAAUCCGGGCAUCCGCGACCGGCACUGGGAGGAGAUGUCAGAAGCGCUGGGCUUCAGCAUCCAGCCGCCGCCGGAGGCCUCGCUGGCGCAGAUGAUCGAACUGGGCGUGCAGAAGUACGUCAAGGUGCUGGAGGAGAUUGGCGUGUCAGCCAGCAAGGAGUACGGCCUGGAGCGCGCCCUGCGCAAGAUGACGGACGACUGGACGGACGUGCUCUUCGAGUUCAUCCCGUACAGAGACACGGGCGUGAGCAUCCGGUCGGCGGUGGACGACAUACAGGCGCUGCUGGACGACCAUAUCGUCAAGGCGCAAACCAUGCGCGGCUCGCCGUACGUCAAGCCGUUCGAGGCUGAGAUGCGCGCCUGGGAGGAGAAGCUCGUGCGGAUGCAGGACAUCCUGGACGCCUGGCUGAAAGUGCAGGCCACCUGGCUCUACCUGGAGCCCAUCUUCGGCUCCGAGGACAUCGUCAAACAGAUGCCGGCCGAGGGGAAGAAGUUCGUGCGGGUGGACCGGAUCUGGCGGGACGUGAUGGGGAAGGCGGUGGUGGACGCGCACGCCCUGGCGGCCACCGACCAGGACCAAAUGCUGGAGCGGCUCAACGACGCCAACCGCCUGCUGGAGGAGAUCCAGAAGGGGCUCAACGACUACCUGGAGAAGAAGCGGCUCUUCUUCCCGCGGUUCUUCUUCCUGUCUAAUGAUGAACUGCUGGAGAUUCUGGCCGAGACCAAGGACCCGCUGCGCGUGCAGCCUCAUCUGAAGAAGUGUUUCGAGGGCAUCCACCGGCUGCGGUUCACUGACGACAUGCUGAUCGUAGCCAUGAUCUCGACGGAGAAGGAGGAAGUGCCGCUCAGCACCGCCAUCCGGCCGGCAGACGCGCGGGGCAUGGUGGAGAAGUGGCUGUCGCAGGUGGAGCAGCAGAUGAUGGUGUCACUGCGGGACGUGGCCGAGCGGGCCGUCCAAAGCUAUCUGAAGACGCCGCGGGAGCAGUGGGUGCUGGAGUGGCCGGGGCAGAUCGUGUUGUGCGGCAGCCAGAUUCACUGGACCACCGAGGUCACCGAGGCCAUCCAGACGCAGGGCGGCCUGGAGCGCUACCUGGAGACGUGUAACGGCCAGAUCGACGGGACGGUGGCGCUGGUGCGGGGCAAGCUGGAGCCGGGGCACAGGGUCUCGCUCGGAGCACUCAUCGUCAUCGACGUGCACGCGCGGGACGUGGUGCUGCAGCUGAAGGAGGAGCGCGUGACGUCACCACUCGACUUCAACUGGAUCGCCCAGCUGCGUUACUACUGGGAGCAGGAAUCGAUCCGGGUGCGGAUGAUGACCACAGACCUGGCGUAUGGGUUCGAGUACCUGGGAAACUCGGCCCGGCUCGUCAUCACGCCUCUCACCGACCGCUGCUACCGCACGCUGAUGGGGGCGCUGAAGCUGAACCUGGGCGGCGCGCCGGAGGGCCCGGCCGGCACCGGCAAGACCGAGACCACCAAGGACCUGGCCAAGGCCAUGGCCAAGCAGUGCGUGGUGUUCAACUGCUCGGACGGGCUGGACUACCGCGCCAUGGGCAAGUUCUUCAAGGGCCUGGCCCAGGCCGGCGCCUGGGCCUGCUUCGACGAGUUCAACCGCAUCGAGCUGGAGGUGCUGUCGGUGGUGGCGCAGCAGAUCCACUGUAUCCAGCAGGCGAUCGUGGCGCACAUGAAGAAGUUCAUCUUCGAGGGCACCGAGCUCGUGCUCAACCCCACCUGCUGCAUCUUCAUCACCAUGAAUCCCGGGUACGCCGGCCGACAGGAGCUGCCCGACAACCUGAAGGUGCUGUUCCGGACAGUGGCCAUGAUGGUGCCCGACUACGCCAUGAUCGGCGAGAUCUCGCUCUACUCGUUCGGCUUCAUGACCGCCAGGGGCCUGGCCGGCAAGAUCGUGGACACGUACCGGCUGUGCUCCGAACAGCUCUCCUCGCAGCACCACUACGACUACGGAAUGCGGGCGGUCAAGGCGGUGCUGACGGCGGCCGGCAACCUCAAGCUCAAGCUGCCCGACGUCGACGAGUCGGUGCUGGUGCUGCGCGCCAUCCAGGACGUCAACCUGCCCAAGUUCCUGUCGCAGGACGUGCCGCUGUUCGCCGGCAUCAUCAGCGACCUGUUCCCGGGCGUGGUGCUGCCCAAGCCGGACUACGAGGUGCUCCUGGACGCGCUGCACGAGGCCAUCGCCAGGCGUAACCUGCAGCCGGUGCCCUGGUUCAUCGAUAAGAUCAUCCAGGUGUACGAGAUGAUCCUGGUGCGCCACGGUCUGAUGGUGGUCGGCGACCCCAUGGGCGGCAAGACGUGUGCCUACCAGGUGCUGGCCGACGCGCUGACCAUCAUCCACGCGUCCGGCAACACAAGCAUGGCCGAGAACGCCGUCCAGUACAAGAUCAUCAACCCGAAGGCGAUCACCAUGGGCCAGCUGUACGGAUGUUUCGAUGCCGUCUCGCACGAGUGGUCGGACGGUGUGCUGGCCAACAGCUUCCGCGACUUCGCGCAGUCGGUGACGCCCGACCGCAAGUGGAUCCUGUUCGACGGCCCAGUGGACGCCGUCUGGAUCGAGAACAUGAACACCGUGCUGGACGACAACAAGAAGCUGUGCCUCAUGUCCGGCGAGAUCAUUCAGAUGAGCUCCGCCAUGAACCUGAUCUUCGAGCCGGCCGACCUGGAGCAGGCCUCGCCGGCCACCGUCUCCCGCUGCGGCAUGAUCUACCUGGAGCCGCACCAGCUGGGCUGGCGGCCCAUCAAGGACUCGUACCUGACCACGCUGCCCGAGGCCAUCACCGACGAGCUGAGGGCCAGCAUCGACGACAUGUUCGAGUGGUUGGCCAAGGUGUUCAUGCGGACGUCGGACCUGCACCUCGUCUGGUGUUUCACCAAGCUGUACACGUGCAUGCUGGACGAGAUAGCCGAGUCCACACAGCCCGGCAAGGACCCGAUCCACCCCAACAACUUGACCAACUGGGUCCAGGGCCUGUUCGUGUUCUGCCUGCCCUGGUCGAUCGGUGCUCUGAUGACUACUGAGAGCAGAGUCGCGUUCGACGCGCUGCUCCGGGACAUUCUGCUGGGCACCAACAAGGAGUACCCCAAGCCCAAGUCCUUCAAGCUCGGCAAGGGCCAGCUCUGCCCCGAGAGCGGCCUCCUGUACGACUUCAUGUACGAGAAGCGCGACACAGGCCGAUGGGUGCGCUGGAUCGACACGGUCGACAAGGAGCAGCUGCAGAUCCCGGCCAACGCCAAGGUGAGCGAGCUGACCGUGGCCACGGACGAGACGGCGCGCCAGUCGUUCCUGCUCGACACGUACCUGGCGCACGGCGUGCCCGUGCUGAUGGUGGGCCCCACCGGUACCGGCAAGUCGGCCAUCACCAACAGCUUCCUGGCGCAGCUGCCGCGCGAGCGCUACGUGCUCAACAUGAUCAGCUUCUCGGCGCGCACUUCGGCCGGCCAGACGCAGGACAUCGUCAUGAGCAAGCUGGACAGGCGGCGGAAGGGCGUGUUCGGCCCCGUGAUGGGCCGCAAGUGCGUCGUGUUCGUCGACGACCUCAACAUGCCGCAGAAGGAGAAGUACGGCGCGCAGCCGCCGGUUGAGCUGCUGCGCCAGUGGAUCGACCACGGCCACUGGUACGACAAGAAGGACACCUCCACGCUGAAGCUCAUCGACGUGCUGUUUGUGUCGGCCAUGGGCCCUCCGGGCGGCGGCCGAAACGACGUGACGGGCCGGUUCGUGCGCCACUUGAACGUCAUCGGCAUCGACGAGUUCCGCGACGAGGUGCUCAACAAGAUCUUCGGCGCCAUCGUCGACUGGCACUUCGCCAAGGGCUUCGACACGGCAGUGGCCCGCUUCGGCAGGACGCUGGUGGAGGCCACGCGGACGGUGUACGCGGCGAUGGUGAGCACGUUCCUGCCGACGCCGGCCAAGUCGCACUACGUGUUCAACCUGCGUGACAUGGCGCGUGUGAUUCGGGGCGUGCUGCUGGUGCCGUGCGCCCAGCUGCCCGACGCCGCCAAGCUGGUCCGGCUCUGGGUGCACGAGGUGUACCGCGUCUUCUGCGACCGGCUGGUGGAGGACCAGGACAGGGCGGCCUUCUUCAAGCUGGUGGCGUCCACGUGCGACACCAGCUUCCACCAGCCGGUGGAGAAGGUGCUGGGUCACCUGGCGCCCGAGGGCACGCGCCUCACAGAAGACCACGCGCGCAACCUCUUCUUCGGCGACUAUCUCUUCCCCGACAACGACCCCAAGAUCUACGACGAGAUCACGGAGCUGGACGCGCUGACGGAGGUGAUGGAGGGCUACCUCAGCGAGUACAACAUGGUCAACAAGACGCCGAUGAACCUGGUCAUGUUCAAGUUCAUCAUAGAGCACAUCAGUCGGAUCAGCCGCGUGCUCAAGCAGGACUCCGGUCACGCCCUGCUGGUGGGUAUCGGCGGCAGCGGCCGACAGAGCGCCACCAAGCU